GGAAAUUCGAUCCCUUGGUGUCAAAUAUUCUUCCCGCCAUUGUCGACACACGACGGUCCAGAAGCAAGCCGCCAUAGCCAUCCAUCACUCAAGCUUCUCAACUUUUCCUCUCGUCACCACUACAAUAGCAUAAAACUGAGGGAUGUGCGGUAGAGCCCGUUGUACUCUCACAGCCGCCGACGUCCCCAGGGCCUGCCACCGCGCCGCUGGUCCCCUCCGUACCCUCAACAUCCACCGUUUUCGCCCGCUGUAUAAUGCCUCGCCGGGCUCGGAUUUGCCGGUUGUUCGUCGAGAUGAUGAAUCGGGUGGCGGAGGAGUCGUCCUCCAGUGCAUGAAAUGGGGGCUCAUUCCUAGUUUUACUGACAAAUCCGAGAAACCUAAUUACUACAAGAUGUUCAAUGCUCGUUCAGAGUCCAUACGUGAGAAGGCCUCUUUUCGCCGUCUAGUUCCUAAAAGCAGAUGCCUUGUGGCAGUGGAAGGGUUCUAUGAGUGGAAAAAGGAUGGAUCAAAAAAGCAGCCGUAUUACGUUCAUUUUAAGGAUGGGCGGCCACUUGUUUUUGCUGCUUUAUAUGAUCAUUGGGAAAAUCCUGAAGGUGAAUUACUUUACACUUUUACUAUUUUGACGACUUCAUCAUCUCCAGCUUUAGAGUGGUUGCACGAUAGGAUGCCUGUAAUUUUUGGUGAUAAAGAACGGAUGGAUAUGUGGUUGAAUGAUUCAUCUUCCAAGUUUGAUACUGUCCUUAAACCGUAUGAGGCUCCUGAUUUGGUGUGGUACCCUGUAACUCCUUCCAUGGGCAAGUCAUCAUUUGACGGACCAGACUGCAUUAAGGAGAUACAGUUAAAGACUGAAGGAAACAACCUCAUCUCCAAAUUUUUCUCUGCAAAGGAAACUAAAAGGAAACUUCAGACUCCCAAGAGGAGACAUCUCCCUGCAACACAUCUGUGAAGCCCGAGCCAUCACAACCUCUGGAAGAACAUGAAAGAGAUGUAAAUCAUGGAGCUUCAUCCUGCUCUAUAGGAGCCGAAGAAUCAAAGGAUAGUCUUGC